CCGCCCUCUCCCCGCUCGUCCCCCACCCGACGGCGCCACUUCACCGGCCACGCUGCCGCCCGCAGCUCAGGUCCCCCGACAGCAGCGGCACCCCAGGAUCCCGGGCUGAAAAGGCUGCACAGGAUCCGCCAGGACCAGGCCGCGGCUCUCAGGCUUCCCGUAAGCGUGGCGAGUGCCUGCAGACGCCCCAGCAACCCCGGGGACCCCCACCGCGGGGGACACGGACGGAAGCAACGCGGGGGCCAAGGCCUCUGAGUGCCACUUGUGCUCUCGUUCCUUCUCACCUGGAACCCCAUGCAGCCGGAACCCAGGCCUAGCAGGGCCAGGGCCCGAAGCCGAUUUCUGCCCCUGCAUUCUGAGUGCCCCGAGGGGGCCGGGGACACGGUGAUGUACGCGUCCACCGAGUGCAAGGCCGAGGUGACCCCGUCCCAGGAUGGCAACCGAACCUUCAGCUACACGCUGGAGGACCACACCAAGCAGGCCUUUGGCAUCAUGAACGAACUGCGGCUCAGCCAGCAGCUGUGCGAUGUCACCCUGCAGGUGAAAUACGAGGACAUCCCCACGGCGCAGUUCAUGGCGCACAAGGUGGUACUGGCCUCGUCCAGCCCUGUGUUCAAGGCCAUGUUCACCACGGGGCUGCGCGAGCAGGGCAUGGAGGUGGUAUCCAUCGAAGGGAUCCACCCACGGGUCAUGGAGCGGCUCAUUGAGUUCGCCUACACCGCGUCCAUCUCCAUGGGUGAGAAGUGCGUGCUGCAUGUAAUGAAUGGCGCCGUCAUGUACCAGAUCGACAGCGUCGUGCGCGCCUGCAGUGACUUCCUGGUGCAGCAGCUCGACCCCAGCAACGCCAUCGGCAUCGCCAACUUCGCCGAGCAGAUUGGCUGCACCGAGCUGCACCAGCGGGCGCGGGAGUACAUCUACAUGCACUUCGGGGAGCGCCCUCUGCAGGUGGCCAAGCAGGAGGAGUUCUUCAACCUGUCGCACUGCCAGCUGGCGACGCUGAUCAGCCGGGACGACCUGAACGUGCGCUGCGAGUCCGAGGUGUUCCACGCAUGCAUCAACUGGGUCAAGUACGACUGUGAGCAGCGACGUUUCUAUGUGCAGGCGCUGCUGCGCGCAGUGCGCUGUCACGCGCUCACCCCGCACUUCCUGCAGAUGCAGCUGCAGAAGUGCGAGAUCCUGCAGAGCGACUCGCGCUGCAAGGACUACUUGGUGCAGAUCUUCCAGGAGCUCACGCUGCACAAGCCCACUCCGGCCAUGCCCUGCCGGGCGCCCAAGGUGGGCCGCCUCAUCUACACGGCCGGCGGCUACUUCCGCCAGUCGCUCAGCUAUCUGGAGGCCUACAACCCGAGUGAUGGCACCUGGCUACGCCUGGCUGACCUGCAGGUGCCCCGCAGUGGGCUGGCAGGCUGCGUGGUGGGGGGGCUGCUUUACGCCGUGGGUGGCCGCAACAACUCCCCCGACGGGAACACCGACUCCAAUGCCUUGGACUGCUACAACCCCAUGACCAAUCAGUGGUCGCCCUGCGCCCCCAUGAGUGUGCCCCGCAACCGCAUCGGCGUGGGCGUCAUUGACGGCCACAUCUACGCCGUGGGGGGCUCGCACGGCUGCAUCCACCACAACAGUGUGGAGAGGUAUGAGCCCGAGCGGGAUGAGUGGCACUUGGUGUCCCCGAUGCUGACCCGGAGGAUCGGUGUGGGCGUGGCUGUCCUCAAUCGCCUGCUGUACGCUGUCGGGGGCUUCGAUGGGACGAACCGCCUCAACUCGGCUGAGUGCUACUACCCGGAGCGCAAUGAGUGGCGCCUGAUCACCCCCAUGAACACCAUCCGCAGCGGGGCAGGAGUCUGUGUGCUGCACAACUGUAUCUAUGCUGCGGGCGGCUAUGACGGUCAGGACCAGCUCAACAGCAUGGAGCGCUAUGAUGUGGAGAUGGAGACCUGGACGUUUGUGGCCCCCAUGAAGCAUCGGCGAAGCGCCCUGGGGAUUACUGUGCACCAGGGGAGAAUCUAUGUCCUUGGAGGCUAUGACGGUCACACGUUCCUGGACAGCGUGGAGUGCUACGACCCAGACACAGACACCUGGAGCGAGGUGACCCGCAUGACAUCCGGCCGGAGUGGGGUGGGCGUCGCCGUCACCAUGGAGCCCUGCCGGAAGCACAUCGACCAGCAGAACUGUACCUGUUGAAGUACUUGUGCUUCUUCGGCAAAAAAAAGAGAGAGAAAGUGACCUGACCCAGAGCAUUGUUUUCAUACAUAACACAGGGACAAAAAAAGUGACAGCAGAUCCCCGUCCUCUAGGAGGGAGCUGGGGUACCUUCAUCCGCAGGUGACAGCCAGGAAGAAGAAAGACCAGAGCAGGAAGCCACGUGCCCCUUCAAGUCGCCCAGGAGUGUCCACAGCAGCAGCCUGGGACAGGGGGCGAGAAGGAGACUGGGCCACUGCUUGCUGUCACCUCCCUUCGGGGUGCAGGUGCCACUGAGGCUGGUUUUGUUCCUUGUGUCUUUGCAGUCCGUGCCCAUAGCCCCAGGCAGGGGCCAGGUGAGGCUUCUCGGGCCAGCGGUCCCUGGAGAAACGUGGUCCCCAGGGCUGGGUCCCUCCAGAGAAGCCACUGGUGAGCCAGAGGGGACAGUUGUUCUGUUGAUAAAUAACCCUGUAAGUUUCCAAUGAAAAUAAAGAACAGACUAACACUGUCUUCCA